UGAAUAAUGUUACUAGGAACCGACAUUCACGGUACAAUGAUUUUGCUCCUAUUGCAAUAUACACAAGCACUGUAUUUUCUAGCAGUCGCGUAAACAGUCGUGCGACAGCAAGACAAGACCAGGCUCAAAUCUCAUUCCCGGAUGUCAGCCUCAGUCAGCCUCCAACUCUUACAAAAGGCUCGUCACCCACCCACUCUCUCUUCAGUCCAUCUUUUAUCGUUGCUUCACGUUUGUUACACAUCCAGCAUAUCGAUAUCUUCAACAUCUUUAUUCAUUCUACUAUGCCUCCCGAUAUGCAACAACACACCAGCGUUCCCUCAUACGACCAGUUCAGACCGCCUAGUCCAGCCAAAGGCCAGCGCAAGGGCAAAGUUCGCUCCUUUCUUCCAAGCUUCGUCGAUCGAGCCAUCUUCCGCGCCAAGCCAGUUGCCCAUCGUGACACUGCUGAGUUGCAUCCAGAGGUUGACCCCGCCACUAAUGUCGACUAUCUUGCCACAAAGGCUCAGAUCCUUCCUCACCUUAAAGCACAACUCGACUGCACGGAGACGCGGAAGUCAAGAACGGAAACUAGGGGUCUGCGCACUUCGCUUGUCACUGUCAACGAGGAACGGAAGGCUGCUUCCCAAGCCCUCGAUAAAGCGCAACGCCAUAGCCAUGCUGUUCAAGAUCAUCUCAAAGUGCAGUCAGGGGUGCCUGAGAUUAUCCGGUCAUACGACUUCAACAUAAACGAGCUGAAUAUGCCACAGGGUGCUCAGGUCACCGAGCUCCAGUCAAAGCUCUUCGACCAGGACGAACAGAUUGCCCAUCCGGAGGGCUUUGAGAUAUCCAGUCCUUUGGUUGAAACUGUUUCUCGCAAGGCCAGUGCCAGAAAUAUCUCAAGCGGAUCUCAAGCGGACACUCGUUCUCAAGGCUGUGUGUUGGAGGUCCAAGUCAUCGCGGAACGUCCAUCGAAACCUCAGUCGAUGGAGCCAGCGGCGGCUGUCAAAAGGAAUUCAACGACGAGGCACGAGUCGGAGCGCCGGGGGAAAUUAAUCAAACGACAACGCAAUGUUGGUCAUGAUGCAUCCGAGCGCCGCAAGGAUGACGAUCCCUUCGCUUCAGAGCCAAAUCUAGCACCACAUCGCAAGAUACGAAAUGUACUGGCAGAUGCGCGAGACAAGACACUUGCUGCAAUCUCGGAACUGAAGUACAUUCGUCACAAGGAAGAUGAACAGCAGCCCUCUCAAGCUUGUCACGGCCCCCAGAUAGAGUUCACAGCGUUUCAGGAUAUUCGACGCUUACUGGCAGAUGUGCAGGAGUCUGGAGUUAGGACACAGGCGACCAAUUCGGAAAUAAAGGAUGCUCGUCGCAAGAAAGAUAAACAGCAUCCUUCCCAAGCUUGCCACGGCCACCAGGCGGAGUUCGCAGCGUAUCAGGAUCGAAUCGCUGCCCUUACUUCGGAACGUGAUACGCUUUCUCGCGAGCUCGAGCGCAGUACUCGAAUGGCGAACUCGAAUGCGUUCUUGCUCAAUAGCGUAGAAUUGCAAGCUCAACGUCUACUCUCCGAGCAUGAUGCACUUAUCCUUGAGCACCAGCAGGAAAAGGCACGCUCGCAGCAACAAAUUCGUGAACUUGAGAUCCGACUCAAGGAGACCACCGCCUCAGCUUCACGAGCCAGGGAACGUUGCAAAGCGGAACGCAAACAACUUCUAGAGGUCGAAGAGCAGCUCAAGCUUGAACGCACACAGUCGGCGCAGAACCACGCAGAUCAUCUGGAUGAGAUGCUCAUGCUCUUCAGGGAGAAUGCGGAGCAGGCCAACUUGAUCGAAACCCUCAAUAGGGAUUCCGCAGAGCAACGUACUACGCUCCAGAAGGUGCAUAUUCGGUUGGACCUUGCGAACAAUGCACAAGCGAUUAUGAAGCGCAAACUUCAGAAAAUGGAAAUUGCGUCCCAACAAGCUCGGGAGAACAUCGAACUACUCCAUAGUACCCCACCGAAGGCUCACAGCAGCAUAAUUCGAAACUUCAGCAAGCCCUUGUCGCAGAACGGACCUCGUCAAGUAUUACAUCCAGGAUCCCCACUCGUCACUCAAGAGAUCAUGAAGAGUGAGAAAGUGCAGCUUCAUGUUGCCGCUACUGGCACUUCCUCUUCGUCACCCUCCUCCGCUCACAAGGUUGGUGGCAUCACUUCACAGCAUGCCCGUGGGAUGCUUUCGUCACCAUCAAACAAUCCUUCUGUCGCUAAGCCAUCUCAACGAGAUCCUCCCAACGACAACUUGGAUAUCUCCACGGUGUCAAUCUUCAGUGACGAUGGCGUCGAUUUACUCUUGGAACCGAGCGAGGAUGUAAUAGCGGAAGGCAAUGGCUUGGCUACCCUCUACUCGAUGCUGUCAGUGGUACGUAUGUACGCUCCUAGUCCCAUUCGCGGUCCUCCGGAAAUUCAGCCUCGACGUCGCAACGUGGAUCCCCUCAAGAUAACGGCCCAUCCCGACGACAUGGCAAAAUCGGACGGCGUCGCUGUGGGACAAACCUGGUCGCUAUUUCAUCCUUGACAUAAUCUCAUCGUCUUUGUCUUUUCUUGGAACGUUCUUUCUAAUCUCUUUUUUCGUUUUUUUCUGAGAGAACGACAAGCCUUAUCUCUUUUCUUUUCUGUUUUUCUUUUCUUCCCGGGAGAUAGCAGGCAGGUCAAAACAACAAAAUAGGUGGGAUCGAUGGUAUGGUUGGGGUUAUGGCUAGGUACGGCCUUUAUUCUUUUAUUCCUUAGAUAAGUACCAAAAACAGGGAGGGUCGCGGCCGCGCGCGGGAGUGCAUAU